AUGACCCAGGAGCAGCUGCUCUCGUGCCUAAAGAAUGAUGUGCGCUCCCUGCUCUUCUCAGCCAAGCAGGGCCUGACCCCAGAUCAGCUGAGUCAGGACUACGUCAACAUGCUGGGCCACCCCGUGCCCCUGAGGACCCUUGGCUUCCGCAAAGUACUGGACCUGAUCCGGGAGAUGCCUGACGUGGUGUACAUUGACUAUCUGGGAGAUUGCAACUUGGUGUUGAAAGUGGUGGCGGACGACACCACCAGAGGCAUCGUGGAGUUGGUGGCCAGGCAGCACAAGCCAACAAGGUCCUGGCGUGUUGGUGUGGGCUUCUUCUCCCCAUGCUACCAGCAGCACAGCCCCAUGGUCCUGCCCUGGCUCGGCCACACUCGCCCGGCCACGCCUGCCCAACUCCGCCAGCUGCUCUCCCAAGGGGCCGUGGGCCUGUCGGAGUUGGAGACGGCCUUUGCCCUCCGCUAUGACUUCCCUUUACGUGUUACCAACUACGGCUUCUACUCCACCGCCGAGAUGCUGGCGGCGGCCAACGAUCUGGUGACGGUCACACAGAGCCAGAUGGGCUCCCUGCUGUCCCUCAGGGGGGUGGAGGUGGCGUCACUGAUGAGGACCGGACCAAAAAAACAACUCUUCUCACCGAAGCAGACAUUCCCAACGGUUCCAGUAGUAAGGCCGAUGACAGACAAACAGACAAACUCAGUACAGGCUACUACUUCAGCUGCAGGGUCUCCCUGGGAGGAAAGCGAGACCAACGCCGACCUGGAGGAAGACAUGGAGCUCCACAUUACCAUCAACACCUUUUACCAGAGCCUGAGGACCCCCACGCCCAGGGGCCCCCGGGAGCUGGUGGCUGUGCUUGUGGAGCACGUGGAGUCGCUCUCACCCUUCCACAUCCGCUUUGACGAGAGCCAGGAGCCGCGCGCUCUGGAGAACAUGAUGAUCGAGAUGAGGUGUGCUGCGUGGUGCCCCCAGGGCAUCUGGUUCUACCACUUUGUCGUCCACCGGGUCCUCAACCACACCCAGGCUGAGGUCUACUACGUGGACAUUGGAGACCUCACCACUGUUCAGAGGAGCAGCCUCAAGUUCCUCAAGCAGGGCCCGGACUGGGACCAAAUGGCACUGGGACUGGGACCAAAGAGCCCCUGGCAGCCGGAGCGCACCCUGGUGGUGGACCUGCACAGCUACCACGCCGGCUUCCCGCAGCUCUUCCUGUGCGACAGACACACCCAGGAGGAUGUGUACAUCCACAGCGCCCUGCAGGGCCAAUGGCUCAGCUGCGCCCCCGCCGUCAGCGCAGCAAUCGCUCACACACGCUACAUUCACAGAUUACACGUGCGUGUUCGACGAGGGAUGGAAAUAGAGGACGAAGACCCCACCCUGGAGCCUUGCCCCGAAGUCACCACCAGCACCACUCCCCAGCGCGCCAUCAUCCAACCCCAGCCUAAGACCUCCCCUUCCCACGCACACGCGGGGAGCCAGAAGGCAAUCCCGUUUGCGGCUCUGCAGAGUAAGAACCCAUUGCUGUGCUGUAGUGACUGGGACCAGGGCUGGACACUCAACCCCACCACCACCCCCACCCCAGAGGUGGUACUUCCCAAAUCAAACCUGGGUAACCAUGGAGACACCGCUAAGUUAAGGACAGAGCCCAGACGUUUUGGUUACCAGAUUACGUUUCAUCCGCCCCCUCCUCCACCUAGUGCGGGUACUAGUGAGUUGAAGCAGCCUGGCAUGUAUAUGGUGGCGGUAAAGUGA